AACAAGGUCAAAAUUUUCUUUAUGCUGUAACUUUCUGUUUCUUCCCUUGAUUUCACUUGCUGUAAGCAAUGUGACAGCAGUCAGGGUUGUUAAUGUUGUAGGGUUUGCACUGGUACGCAUAUAAGGAGGGACACAUUUAGUCUGUGAUACAACUUUUCUUAAACAGAAAAGGAGAUAAAUUUUUUGAUUUAAAGUUCACAAUAUUCCAGCCAAGUCCUUUGACUGGUGACCUUGUACUAUCAACUCUUUUCCUGGAAUAAGGUUGGCUCAAAAUUCCCUUGGAAGCAUAUUGGAAGGAAAAAGGUUUCCUUUGUGUUGCCUUCUUUGCUUGACACAAAAUCUCAUGAUGUAUAACUUGAGGGAGUGCGGUAAAUUCAUUGUUAAUGGUGCCUGAUGUGCUCACAAGAGGAUGAAUUCCUAAACCAUCAACUUCUAUUGUGUAAAGAGGCUAGAAGAUUGUGGGAUUCAUCUUUGGCCUUCCUAAACUUGUCUCGAGCAGCCAAUGAUUUGAUUGUGGACAAAACACAAAGCUUGAGGGUUUGACUUCGCUUGCCUUAAGCAUCAUUGGCAAAUACGCCUUGCAGGCUCCUUUUUGCAAAAGAGGAAGUAACAGAGAUGAUGUGAUACUCGAUAUGUUUAAUUUUUUCAUGGUAUGCUGGAUUUGAGACAAUAUGAAGGGCAGCUUAAUUAUCACACCAGAGUUUUAUCUCAGUACUCGAGCUCGCAAAAAUGUGAACUUGAGUGAUAUCAAGGUUGAUGUAUGCGUCUACGCAUUUGAUAUGUUGUAUCUUAAUGGCCAACCACUUAUUCAGGAGGAGUUGAAAGUUCGUAGAGAGAGGCUUUAUGAUUCAUUUGAGGAAGAACAAGGGUAUUUUCAGUUCGCAACAGCGAUAACAUCAAAUGAUAUAGAUGAAAUACAAAAGUUCCUUGAUGCUGCCGUUGAUUCAAGUUGUGAGGGUCUAAUCAUCAAAACAUUGAAUAUAGAUGCUACAUAUGAGCCUGCAAAGCGCUCACUUAACUGGCUGAAGUUGAAGAAAGAUUACAUGGAUAGUAUUGGAGAUUCAGUGGAUCUAGUACCUAUUGCUGCUUUCCAUGGUCGAGGGAAACGUACAGGUGUCUAUGGUGCUUUUCUCUUGGCUUGCUAUGACAGCAACAACGAUGAAUUCCAAAGCAUUUGUAAAAUAGGCACUGGAUUUUCUGAAGCAAUGCUUGAAGAGCGUUCUGCUAGUCUUCGUUCAAAAGUAAUUCCUAGCCCAAAGCCAUACUACCGGUAUGCAGAUGCAAUCAAUCCAGAUGUUUGGUUUGAGCCUACAGAGGUUUGGGAGGUGAAAGCUGCAGAUUUGACCAUUAGUCCUGUUCAUCGUGCAGCUAUUGGCAUUGUAGAUCCUGAUAAGGGUAUUUCUCUACGGUUUCCACGCUUAAUACGUGCUCGGGAAGAUAAGACUCCAGAGCUGGCUUCAACAUCUGAGCAGGUUGCUGAGAUGUAUUCUGCACAGAAACACAAUCAUCCAAACAAUCUCGAUGACAAUGAGGAAGACUGAGGAACUGAAUUUUAUGCUCUCCUUGUUAUUGGGGACUUCAAUUUUCAUGAAGUUAAAAUGGUGUUCAUGCUAGACCCAUAUGAGUAGACUGUGACAAACUCUUUGCCUCAGAGCCCCAAGCCUAACUUCAGAAGCACCAUUAUUGGGUCUAUAACAUUUGUAAGAUGGUGGAGGAUGCAUAGUGGAAUAAAUUAUUGAUGAUAAAAAGUUGAUCACAGUGAAUUAUUCUUCAGACUCACAUUGAUAUGAUUGUGGAUGUAUUGCUGCUGCAAGAUUUAUGAGUGGUCUGAUCUCUUACAAAGCGAUUAGGAGAAGCAGCGGGAGAUGAUUAUUAUUUAUGGAAUUUCUAAGUUCAUUUUUGCAUUCUCUAUAUUAAGAUCUUAGCCUAACAGCUCUCAGAUUAACGAAAGAAAUGUUCAUCAAACAUCAUUUUCCCAAAAGCACAAGUUUGCUGGUGGACCAGGAUGCUUAUCGGGAUUCAUCCAGAUUCUUCUUUGUAAUGCACAUACAUACUAUAAGAUGGUAAAUGAAGUUUCCAAGUGAUCAAAAGUUGUUGUAUUUUAGCUGGGGCUUCUUGUUGGUUUUCCUAGCUUGUCCGGGGAUUGGUGAAAUCCGAAAGGGAUGAAUCAUCUAUCUGUAAAUUCUAUUGCUCUAUUAAAGUUUUUAUGAACCAUCUCAUUUGAUAUUCUUAA